AUGACCAAGACCACGGCCCAAAUCAAGGUACAAAGUAUCCGUACACGCGCAACGCUGGCCCGGGUUACGGACGGGAGCAUGAUGCAGGAUUGGAUCCGCUGGUCCUUGAUGGCGGCGACGAACAAGAACGACAACAACCGAGCCGCGAACCAUUGUGUAAUAGGCCGACCUUCGUUUGGGAGUGUCUCACGAAGCCCGUUGACUGGCUGGUACAGCUCGGUUCAAAACUUCAAGGCCCCUCCCACCUCGCAACCCAGUACCGCUGCACACCAGAAGCGAUCCCAUUUCAGCCAGUGGUUGCAGAAACACCAAGACACGAUCCCACAAGCAAGGGCCCAUGUCUCCCAAAACAAGCAGCAGCAGCUUUUCUUGUCCACCCAGAGCCCCAGGCGACAGACUGCAGCAAAACAUGCGCACGUACGAAGGCCAGCGGCGGCCCGCCAGUACCUUGUUAUCGAGGAAAGUGCACCUCGUACCCGGGAGAAGAAGGAAAGGGAGGCACAGAAGCAGACCCACCCCCAGCCAUUCGCUGCUUCUCCAUCUGUCAGUCAACUGGGUCUACGCAUACUGUCCUAUACCUACCCCAAAAGACCUGAAAAAGACACAAUCGAUGCGCGCGGUUCAUUGGUGGCCGCGUCCUACCUCGAGUACGCCGAUGAAACAAGCGAUGGGCAGCUUUCUCCAGCCCUCUCUACCAAUCGAUUCACGAACAUGGCCAAGAAACAAGGCCCUCCGGAGAACUCGAACUCGCUUCCGUCUGGAGGACUGACGACCCUUCAACUCGCUCACCUCGAACUACUGGGCGUCUAUGUGUAA